AUGGCUAGCUUACCAAUAUACUAUUCCGAAGUAUACCAUAAACGUACUCUUAGGGAAGAAAGUUGGGAAAACAUUCGAAUUCAUUUUGAUUACAGAUAUAUGGAUGGAACGAUAAAUAAUGGGAAAACUUGUUAUCAAAAUGGUGCUUCUGUAACUUAUAACGGUGUGACUUAUACUUGCACACAAGAUGAUGUUUUAACGACUCAAAAGGCCCAAGCUGCAAAACAGACAAUGGAGAAUGUAAGAAUCUAUUUACAGAAGCUUCUUAAAGUAAUACCUUUGACAAAAUCUAUUACCGUUAGAGAUUAUUUUUCUUAUAUGAAAUAUAAUCUUCCAUAUUCUGUUUCGAAUGCAGAUUUAUAUAUGGGUAUUCUAGUUAGACCAUAUGGCAAUAAAAACCCAUUGGCGACUGCAGGAUCUAAUACUCAAGAACCAACAUACUACAGACCAAUUGUUGGAGCUGUUUUCUUGAAUGGAAGAUCAUUACCUACUGCACCACAAAACGAAAAUAGUACUAACUGUCAGUUUUUCUACGUUUGUGUUCAUGAAAUUUUCCAUGCUCUUGGUAUUUCCUAUGUAAACUUUAACUAUUACCAUCCUUAUGGAACAAAUAAACCUCAUGAGCAAAUUACUUGCAGUUUUACAAAGUCUGGCAAGAGAUUUACUUUUUUAGUAACGCCUUACGCUCAUAUUUUUGCGAAGAAGCAGUUUGGAGUCGAGACAUUCUAUGGAGAUGAUGGAAAUUGUCCUUCAGGUAUCGAAAUCGAGGACGGCGGCGGAAAAGGAACAAGACGUAGCCAUGUAGAAGGAAGAACAUACAUGACAGACCUCAUGACAGGUGUUACUAUACAAACAAAAGCAGGACCUUUCAAUAGAUUGACUGAUGCUACUUUAGCAAUUUUGCAAGAUACAGGAAAUUACAAAGUCAAUUGGAGAAUGGGACAGCCACUUGUAUGGGGACAUCCUGAAUCAAUCAAUGACCAAUAUAUUAAAGAUUUCGCUACUGGACCUCCACAAAAUGUAUUUCCGGCUUAUUAUAACUACGAUGCAAGCAAUAAUUAUCCUAUUGGAUAUACAGGAUUCAAUUUCAAGUACUAUGGACCAACAAAUGCUUAUAAUGCUCCUUCAUGUCCAAAUUCAAAUUCAGAUCUUCAGAAAUAUUGUAACGCAAAGAGUUUCUAUAAUCCAAAAUCUUAUUCUAAAACAGGUCAAGACGCUGUUUACGAUUUUAUGCCACUAAUUUAUCCUAAUUCCGUUUGUCCAAAAGGUCAAGCAACACUUUUAACAAGUCUCCAAGGCAGUAAACAAUGUGGUACUUACAAGUGCAACGGAUAUGAGAGUUUUACGAUCGAAGUUCCAACAGAUACUUUUGGAGGAAAAAAAACAGUCACUUGCACAAAGUCAAAUGUUGGAAAAGUUACAUCUGAUCCUUUAUAUAUAUCAAGUGAAUGGUCAAUGCCACGAAUGUAUUGGUGUCCAGAUCCAGAAAGAUUCUGCAGAUCAGUCAAAUUAUCAGAAAUGUACUUCAGAAACGAUCCAUUCCUCAACUAUACGAAACAACUUGUAGAUGUACCAGAUCCAAAUCCUCCUACACCAACACCAAAGACUCCUACACCAACACCAAAGACUCCAACACCAACACCAAAGACUCCAACACCAACACCAAAGACUCCAACACCAACACCAAAGACUCCAACACCUGAAUUACCAACACCUGAUCCGAAAACUCCAACACCUGAUCCAAAACCUCAAAAUCCAACACCAGAAUCGCAAUCACAAACUGCGGAAAGUGAAAAACCAACUCAAAUAAUUUCUAAUUCGGAGUCAUCUUCAACUUCUAACGGAAACAAUAGUCAAGAUGAUAAUUCAAAUGAUAAAUCAAACAAGGAAGGUUUGUUAUCUGGUAAAAUGAAGUGGGUUAUCAUUGGAUCUAUUAUUGGAGCUGUUGUAGUUGUUGCAAUCAUUGUUGUGGUAGUUGUAGUUGUCAGGAAACACAAAAGUGCAAAUGAGGAUAGUGAUGAUAGAAACUUUUUAGUCUAA